CACGCCAGUUAUUAGUAUUCCGGAUUCGGCGAUCCGGCUUUGGUUCUAUUAUUAUGUAAUGCAGCCUCUUUUCCGCCUCUACAUUAAAGUUGCAUCGUGUUUACACUCGUGGUCUGUGUUAUUUGCUGGCGCUGAGAAUCGGACAUCCAAAAGAUCGAAAUUAAAGAAGUCCCAUUUUUCUUUCGAAACAUUCUAUAGCCAGGCUAGUCAUACAACGUCCGGUGAGCUGGAAUACAAAACGUCGAUCUAGCGUUCCAAGUUAACCUUUGAGGAGACGUGUCUUGAUAAAGGACCGGAUUUCUCCGAAAAUUUGACAACUUUAAGUUCAUAUUGUCUACACUGUUGGAGCUACCUCCUUGCCCCAAGAGACAUCGACUGGACGUACGUAUCGGAGGAUCUGCAACGAUGACUGAAAAACAAGACUUCGACAACAUUGAGAAGGGAGAGUCGACAGAGAAUGCGCCCGACAAUUCCGGUCAAAAGGCAAAACCACGUGAUCUUCUGUAUGCAGUGGAUGAGGUACCGCCCUGGUACCUCUGUAUCAUCCUCGGGUUCCAGCAUUAUCUGACGGCGUUCGGCUCCACUAUAUCUGUGCCAUUGGUCCUGUAUAAGGCGCUCUGUGUAGCGGAGGACAGGAUUGGACUAGGGGAACUCAUCAACACUAUCUUCUUUGUGUCCGGUAUUUGCACACUUUUGCAGACUACGUUUGGAAUCAGAUUACCGAUCAUACAGGGCGCUACGUUCGCGUUCCUUGUCCCUACUCAGUCUAUCCUGGCCUUACCGCAGUGGUCGUGUCCCUACACAGAAGCUGAAAAAGGUCUGGUGAAUUUGACUGACCUCCCCAACUAUGGUAGUCCCGAGCACAGAGAGAUCUGGUACUCCAGACUUAGGGAGAUCCAAGGAGCCAUCAUGGUCGCCUCGCUGUUCCAGGUUGUGAUCGGCUUCAGUGGCGCUGUAGGCGUUGUGUUGCGCGUGAUUGGCCCUCUGGCAGUCACUCCCACCGUUACGCUGAUUGGUCUAUCGCUGUUUCCAGCUGCUGCCAAUCUGGCGUCGGAGCAGUGGUAUAUCGCCCUGAUGACUAUGUUUUUGAUAGCACUAUUUUCUCAGUAUCUGCGUGAGGUCAACAUACCGGUAUGUCAGUACCAGCGGGGAAAGGGGUGUGGCACGUACAAACUUCCAAUCUUCAAACUCAUACCAGUGCUAUUGGCGAUGGUGGUGGCGUGGGGAAUCUGUGCUAUACUGACGGCGGCGGGAGCCUUCCCCGACGAAAGUACAGGCUGGGGAUACAAAAGUCGAACCGAUACCAAGAUCAGCGUCAUCUCAGACGCUCAAUGGUUCCGCUUCCCUUAUCCAGGCCAGUGGGGUGUCCCGACUGUGAGUUUUGCUGGAGUGUUCGGAAUGUUAGCGGGAGUUCUGGCGUCCAUGAUGGAGUCUGUUGGGGAUUACUACGCAUGUGCAAGACUAUCCGGAGCACCGCCCCCUCCGGUACACGCUGUCAAUAGAGGUAUCGGAAUGGAGGGUAUUGGUUGUAUCCUGGCCGGCGCGUGGGGGUCAGGGAACGGCACUACGUCAUACAGUGAGAAUGUUGGAGCUAUCGGCAUCACCAAGGUUGGCAGUCUCCGUGUUGUGCAGGUUGGGGGCAUAAUCAUGAUAUUACUCAGCUGUUUCGGAAAGUUCGGCGCCCUUUUCGUCACCAUCCCAGACCCAGUAAUAGGCGGAGUGUUCAUGAUAGUUUUUGGUAUGAUAACAGCAGUGGGACUGUCAAACCUGCAGUAUGUCGACAUGAGUUCAUCACGUAAUAUAUUUAUAGUAGGAAUAUCGCUAUUCUUCGGGCUGUCUUUUCCCUACUGGAUGGCAAAUCACAGCAAUGUCAUCAAUACCGGAAGUGAUAUCGUAGACCAGAUAAUGACAGUUCUCCUCAGCACGAGCAUGCUUGUUGGUGGAGUGCUUGGAUUUGUGUUAGAUAACACCAUACCCGGUACACCAGAAGAGCGAGGUCUGACAAAAUGGCGCAGCCAGGAUGUUAGCUCUUCCAGUAACACGGCUGGUCUGUCGGUGUACGACUUGCCACUGAUACAACCUCUCCUAGAUAAGAUGUCUUGGCCGAAAUACAUCCCGUUCUGUCCAAGGUUUGAUUCAUCAGUUUGUUCCUGUCGUGACAAGACCAAUAAAGACCACUCUCAUGGCUACACUCAUCAAACAGACGACCAAAAAGGCGACACCAUUGGAAAGAACGUCGGAUUUGAAAACGACGACACACGUCUUUGACAGCCGUGUCCAAAGUAGUAUAACUUGCGUUCCUAUAUCUGCUUUAGGCGAUCAAACAAGAACAUCAAGUAAUUAAUAUCUGCUAACCUUGAAUGCAAGAAAUGUGUUGAAUCGACACAGAUAUACUUAUAACUGGCUUCCGAUUUGUGUUUUGAUGAUAGAAUUACUACAGAAGUGUAGCUUCAUACAGUGUGAAAUGCCCUCAAAUCUCUACAAGUACCUGUCGUCACAAGAGAACAGAGACAUUAUGACAUAUAAUAGUAUCUGGGUAAAUGCUAGUGUGAUGCGAAAAGUUGAAAGACUGAAGAUCCAUACCAUAACGUGUCUCCUAACCAAACUUAACACCGCAUCACAAACAAUGUUAGACAUAUCCCAGAGUACAAGAGUUUUGUUGUCGGUUUUAUUGUUAUACAGUGUAACGCAAUAAUAUACACAGCCGUUGUUAUAACGCCAGUUCACACCUUGUUAUUUUUUGAAAUGCGACAUAAAAAUGUGGUUAUCUUUAUUACGCGACAUCAUAUCGUGGUUACUUUUAUAACGCGAUAUCAUGAUGUGAAUAUUUUCAUAGCACGACAUCAUGAUGUGGUAACCUUUAUAACGCGACAUCAAACUGCGGUUAUUUUUUUAACGCGACAUCAUAUUGUGGUUAUUUUUAUAACGCGACAUCAUAAUGUGGUUAUUUUUAUAACGCGACAUCAGAUUUUGGUUAUAUAUUAACGAGUCAUCAUGAUAUGGUUAUUUUAUAUCGCGACAUCAUACCCCGACAUCAUACCCCGGUAAUUUUUCUAACGCGACAUCAUACGUCGGUAAUUUUUCUAACGUGACAUCUUACUGCGGUUAUUUUUCUAAAGCGAAAGACAAAAGUGUUUAUGUUAUAGCUCGACGUUAUAAGUCAGUGUUUUUUCAUAAAGUAGUUCAAAACAUUCGACCAGACACUGAGCAACUGACGUAAAACGAUCGGACAAUGAUAAGUAACUGAUACCUGCCCCCUGUGUAAUGAGCCAAGUAAACAAGGUUGAUACCAUUAAUCAUGUUAACAUAGUUUUAUCCUGUACAUAUUAAAAUGUAAUUUUUCAUCA